GCUGCUCAACAGGCUAUUCCCAACUCUCAACAGUUUAGUCGAUUCGGUCAGGCCGGUCCCCACGAGCUGUCGGCUACUCAGCAGAAGCCUCUGGACCCCUUCAACCAGGGAGCCACUCCCGCAUCUCAACCGCCGUUCGAUAACUUUGCGGCUCAGACAUCCCAGCCUCCCGCACAGCAGCCCGGUGCCGCUUUCAGCUCCGCGCCCAGCGACUACUCAGCCUAUUACACCGCAAACCAGCAGGACCGAAACCCGUACGCCUUCUACGGCCAGCACUUCGGUCAGCAGGGAGCGCAUGCCCAGCCGGAGGGCGUCCCCUCGCAGCAGAGGGGCUUUGGAGGCUACAACGCCUCUCAGAGCGAUAACCUCAGCCAGUAUCCCCAGAGCGGCACCGGCCACAACCAGCCCCGAUUCGGUGGCAGCAAUGACAACCAGAACAGCGGCCACUCCACCCCCAACCCCGUCACCCAGGCCCAGCAGCAACAGCCUCAGCAGCAGGGAGGCCCCGGCUCGCAGCCUCAGGCCCAUGGGCAAUACCCCGGAUACAACCACCCGUACUACAGCAACCCGUACUACCAUCAGUACUACUCGGGCUACGGCCAGGGAGGAUUCGGUCCGUACGGCAAGGGCGCCAUCUACGGCCAGCCCUACGGCGUCUCUCCCAACGCCCCGUAUGACCACACGUCGUCUCCUGGAACUUUUGGACCGUCGUCCCUCCACCGGGAGAGCCCUCUUGGCUCCGGUCUUGGCGACUACGGCCGCGCCGGCUCAGGCCAGGCUGCCAGCCAGCCCGGCCUGGGAGGAAGCAGCUUCGGCGGCAUGAACGACAGCUUCUCUCGCGGCGCCUCCUCCUUCCAGUCCCAGGGACAGUCCUUCAGCAGCCAGACGCAGCCCAGCGCCGGAUCUUCCGCUGACGACCUGAAGCCCUUCGGCGAGAGCAAGACCGCUUCCGGCCCCUCGCCCUCUCUGGGCGCGCCCCGGCCCGGCUCAGCCACCAACACUGCUCCCGGCGGACAGAGUGGCAGCCUGCCGCCUCCCCAGACGUCCCAGAUGGGCGGCGGCUAUGGUGGCUACCCUAGCCACCUCCAGGGCCACGGCCUCCACGGAAGCGGCGGCUACGGCAUGGGCGCCGGCGCCGGCGGCAACCAGCACAGCACCCCCUAUGGCUCGUACGGCCAGGGCGGGUUCGGCAGCGGAGGCUACUACAGCACCGGUCAGCAACAGCAGCAAGGCCAACAGCAGCAGCAACGCGGCGGCUGGGGCGGAAACUACCAUUAGUGGGGUAGAAACCGUGAAGGAAAACGACGAGGGCGAUA